AUGUCACACUACUUCUACCUGACGCCACAAGUCCUUCUGCCCUUCAGCCCUCUUACUUCCGAAGAGUUUGAUCUGAUCCGACGCAAGGCUGGAGCAUCUUGGCAGAAUGAAACGCGAUGGUCAGAUUCUUCCGUGACCACAUACACGGGGAGUUACCGGAAAAAACAACUGGAUGUGUCCACGUGCAGCCGAUCGUUCAAAGCAGGACCACAAGAACCUGAGUGUGAACAGAUGUCAUUGCCAAACAGCUCUGCCUAUAAUCCUACACUCUACCGGGCUGGUACCCAAAAGACUACAGAUGUUAAAGAUGUGAGAAUUAAAAAGCCUGCAUCUGAAAGUCUGAUGCGCUUCAGCCUACGAGGGAAAGGCUUCCUGACCCACUUUCAGGGACAGUGUGAUUCUGAAAGCAAAGUUGGCUCCUCAGAUGACUCAGAAGUUGAUCAAUACUUCGAUUAUCUGCUGGGAAGACCGUUAACAUCCUUUAGCUGA